AUGUCCGAACAACCAUCUGAACAGGAAUCCUCUGAGCAGGUCCAAGCUUCUUCUGCCCCUUCCUCUUCUUCUGCACUAUCUGGCUCUACUGCGACUGCCUCAAUUCCUUCUUCAGCUCAAUCCGCUCCUGAAUCGAGUAUCCAAUCGCAAGUUGAAUCGCAAUCAAUUGAUGAAGAUCCAUCUCUAAAGACUGAGGAGCCUUCAGAAAUACCCGUGCAACAGCAGCAGCAGCAGUUGGAUGGCGAGCAGGAAAGCCAGCAAACCAAUUCGCAGGCUGUCACACUGCCUGAUCAUCAGACUCAGAUUCCGGACGAUGGGUCUGCUCAGGCGGUCUCAUCUCAGGAUCCUCAAGCCCUACCGGCCACAGCAUCUCAGGGUGGACGAGAACUGUCCAAGACCGUCUUGUACGUCGGAAAUAUUCACAAAUCUGUGUCUGAAGACGUUCUUCGUGACUUGUUCUCCUCUGUUGGCUCUCCAAUACAAAGUAUGAAGGUUCUCUAUGACAAAAACAAGCAAGGCUUUAACUAUGCCUUUAUCGAAUACGAUGAUAACACACAAGCAGAGAACGCUCUGCGUGCAUUGAACUCUACAGUAUUAGCCAACUAUCCAUUGAAAAUUACCUGGGCAUACAGAACCCAGCAGUUCCGUAAUAACGAUACGUAUACUUUGUUUGUUGGUGAUCUUUCUCCAGAGAUUAAUGACGACACUUUGACCAGUGCCUUUGCCAAGUUCCCUUCAUUCGUUCAGGCUAAUGUUAUGUGGGACAUGAAGACCGGUCGGUCUAGAGGUUAUGGUUUUGUUUCAUUUAGAGAAUCUCAAGAUGCAGAAGCCGUCCUACAAACUAUGAACGGGGCCUCUCUUGGCGGUAGACCAAUUCGAUUAAAUUGGGCUGUUCAUAGAUCUCAGAAUCAAAAUUUCCCAGGUAGUAUGAACAGAGUUAACCGUGGCAUGAAUGCUGGUGGUCUUGGUGGCAUGGGUGGAAUAUCUAGACCUCCUCUUGCACCGCAAGGAGCUGCAGGCUCUGUAGGUGCUGCCAAUAUGCCUAUUAAUGGCAUGGAUAUGCUUGGAGGAGCCAUGCCUGCAAACGGUGUUAACGCUAGAGCACCAAUGAUGCAACCUCAAUCAUAUGAGAUGGUUCUUAGACAGGCUCCAAACUGGCUAUGUGCCGUCUACUUGGGAAAUUUGGCCCACUAUACUCAACAGAGUGACCUUAUUCCACUCUUACAGAAUUUCGGUUACAUAGUUAACUUCAAACUACUUCCUGAGAAAGGUUGUGCAUUUGUCACUUAUGACUCUCAUGAAAGGGCUGCUCUGGCCAUCGUUCAAUUGAACGGAUUUACUAUCAACGGAAGACCUCUCAAAUCUGGCUGGGGUAGGGCCAACAAAACUAUAAGACCUUUCAACAACUGA